AUGAAGGGUUUGUGUGGUCGCUGUGAAACCCACGCAGAGCGAUUAUAGUGAGAGGAGUACGACCAGCAGCACAGUCUCUCUCUUGCCAGGAAGAAGAAGAAGGAGAAGAAUAGAUCCCUCGGCCGUCAAAGCCACCCUGAAGGUCCUGGGCUUGUGUGCGGUUCUCCUUCUGGUGUUGGCCGCCGUGACCGUAUCCGUGGCCGUCAUGGCGUGGCACUCGAAGCGGCUCGCCAACUCAGGAGGUGCCGGGAGCAGGUGGCGACGAGACUGCGGCUCUUGGGGACAAGGGUGGCCGAACUGGAGCGGGAGCGGGCCAAGCGCGAGAAGCAGCUGGAGAAGCUGGCCCAGCGAGAGAAGGACUUGCAGAAGCAGCUUGGUCAAGCCAAAGAGAGCAGGAAGAGGCUCAACGCCACCUUGAUGGGCUGCUUGGAGAACGUGGUAUUUUGGGCUCUGGUGGGCGGGGAC